AUGGACUGUCUGGUACAGCAGCCGGUAUGGACAGGGGCCUACCACCACAGACCUCUUCCCCUUUCUCACCACCAUCAUCAUUUCUUCUCUCCUUACUACUUCCCUAAGAAGAGGUCAUCUGUUUCUCCAUACUACCCAGCAUCCUCAUACAACUUUCCAUCUAAACUCGACAACGAUGUGGGUUUCCCCGCUGAUAUCAAAGUAGAAGCUAGUGAAGAUUGUUUACUUGACGAUGACAAAGAUGAGAAAAUCUGCGUAGUUUGUGGAGAAAAAGCAUCUGGGUACUAUUUCGGUGCUCUGGUCUGCUUGCCCUGUAAGAGCUUUUACAUCCGCUGCACCAAAGAGGGCGAGCCAACCUUUACCUGCCAGUGCAAUGGCAACUGUGACAUUGCCAAACAGGGCCGCAUUCGAUGCCAGUACUGUCGCUACCAGCGAUGCCUCAUGGCUGGGAUGUGCCGUAAAGAAAAACCAGAGACUGUACAGCCUGCUGAGGGCCAGGUGUUAUGUAAGGUGUGUGGAGAUAUUGCCAAUGGCAUUCACUUUGGUGUGAACACCUGUGAAGGUUGCAAGAAAUUCUUCAGACGUGGUUUGGUUGAGAACCAGAGCUAUGUAUGCAAGGGAGAUAAGAAAUGUACCAUCAAUCCACGGAACCGCAACAACUGCCGCUUUUGUCGCUACCAGAAAUGUAUCACAGUUGGAAUGUCCAGAGAAGCCAUCAAGAUGGGUCGUCCCAAGAAAUCCGACAACAGUGACGGCCUUCUGUCCUGUUCUCCUGGAGCUGACCUCUCAGAUCUGUCUGAGGAAAGCAACAGCCCUCGCUCUUCCCUGAGUGAAAUGUCACCCCAUUCCUCCUAUGACAGUGGAGCAAGCUCACCCAUGUCCCAGCCAGACUCAGACUCUAAGUCUGUGGAUGAUACAUCUUACAUUGGUUUCCUGGUGGCAAGCAAAAAGAUCAAGACUGAGUCAAGUGACUCCACCUGUGAGCAGACUGAGGCCAAGGGAAUGCCUAUGCCUACAGAUCUGUUAUAUACCCAACUUACCCCAAUGUCUGACCACUGCUCAAUGGGCAGUAACACUCUGCGUACCUCUCACUGUAGCCAGGCCAAUUCUUGCUGGUCCAGCUCAGCCUCCAUCAAUAGCUGGCAUAGCUCUACCACCUCCUCCACCUCCAUUCAGACCUCCAGUGUGACACCUAUCACUUCCAAUAACAUGGGCCAAACCCAGACAGCAGCUCAGCAGCCCACUGCCCUCUCCUUCAUGGAGGAAGAAAUGGAUGAAAUUCUGGACUACCUCCAGACCGAGCAGAACAUCCAAUCUCAGGACAAAGCUCCCUGUCCCACCUCCAGACAGCCCCAUCCAAACUUCAACUACUACCCAAGCAACUUCUCUGCACGCUCCCCAUGUAUAAUGGAUAGGAGUGGAUGUCCAGUGCCACCACAGCACUUGCCUGUGGAGACAAGUACUGACCACAACUCCCCAUCAUACCAUGACCCCUCCUCCACCAGUGUACAAUAUCCAAACAAUCCAAAUUUUUCAGAAUCCCCAGUCAAUUCAUCCCAAUAUCAGAUGAACUCUCCUUCCCAUAGUCCUAUCUAUCCUCACUCCCCAGGCAGUGCUAGCCAGUAUUGUCCCUCCCCAAGUAACUCCAACCUCUGCCCAGGAUCUCCAGGUAGUACUACCCAGUACAUGAGUUCCCCAGCCAACUCCCCACACUACAGUGGGCCACAGUUCCACAGCUCCCCAGUCCACUCUGCCCAAUAUCCUCCCAGCCCCCCCUCUACUUGUAUGUACCCUGACUCUCCCCACAGCAGUUGCCAGUAUUCCCCUCCCCCACAGGAGCCAGUCCAACACACUGACUGCCAACAGUACCCAGCUAUCAUCAAGGCAGAGUUUCCCAACACUAUGCCAAGACUCCAUCCAAACACUACUUACACCAACACUACAGAUGGGUUUAGCAGAUCACGCUGA